GGUGAAGUUUAUCCUUGCAGGCAGCUGCUUGCCCCAGAGACUGGAUUUUUUUGUUGUUCUCUUUUUCUUCUCUUUCCUGUUGGCCUCCUAACUACCAGAACACACCACUGGGUGUCUGGGUUGCACCUAAGAAAUUAACUUUAUGGAAAAAAAAUAAGGAAGAACACAUCUGCUGUCCAGAAGAUCUGCAUCUGUGCUUCUACCUGGAGAUCUUGGAAUAGUUCUAGUCUAUGGUAUGACCUCAUGUACCACCAUGAUGAGCAUCUGCGUGUAAUAUCAGCUGCACAAGUCUGUCCUGGAGCUUCUGAUAGGUGAGCAGUCUGGCCUGCACAAGGCGCUUCCUGUGCGGGACUGGGGAGCAGGGAGGACAGGAGUACUUGCGGAGCCUGGUGUGACACUGCCUGUGCCGGGAAAGUUGAAAGGCAACUUUUAAUUUGAAGGAAGUUCGGCUCACGAAGGAGACGCCAGCGGGAGCCUCAGGUCCGGGAGUCGCUCUGCUGAAGCAGCGGAGGGGUCGUAAAACGCUUCAGCUUGCAGAGGCCUCGCUGCUGUCUCCCUUUCCUCUUGCCAUAAACAUCGUGUCUGGCUGGUAGCUGGGAAAAGUUGGCUGCUGUUACCUGCUGCGUGAUUUCCAUAGGAAGAAUGCCAACACGAAUAUGAAGUGAACCAUUUUCUAUGCUUGCCACAGUGCGUGGAUGCUCAUAUCAGAUGGUUAGAGACAGGGACUUGCCUCUCACCAAACUGCUUCACAGGACAAGAUGAUGCCAAGGAGGAGCUUUCCAGCGCACUGGAGACACAGUGGCUGCUGCCCAAUUUAAAAUCGAUGUCAGACUGUGCCACAGCUGCCUGGCGAGAUGAAAGAAGUGGUGUUGUGGUCACCCGAGGAGGUGACGAAUUGGCUAACGGAAAAUGCUGUGCCGGAGUAUUGUGAGCCAUUGAAAAGCUUCACUGGGCAGGAUUUGAUCAACCUCACAGAGGAAGAUUUUAAGAAGACGCCUCUCUCUCGGGUGUCUUCUGACAGCGGACAGCGGCUUUUGCACAUGAUUGAAACUUUAAAAAUGGCUCACCACAUGGAGGCUCACAAAAAUGGGCACGUCAAUGGGCACAUCCACAUCAGCAACACCACACGCGAGAAUGGCUUUAGCAGUAAAAUGAAGCUGAACGGGAUGCCAAAUGGGUUUAAGAAGGAGAUGAUAAAGAUCCCCAUGCCAGAGCCAGAGCGCUCACAGUAUCCUAUGGAAUGGGGCAAGACUUUCCUGGCUUUUAUUUAUGCACUUUCUUGUUUCAUCUUUACUACAGUGACUAUCUCAGUCGUUCAUGAACGAGUGCCUCCCAAGGAGGUGCAGCCUCCCCUACCAGAUGCAUUUUUUGAUCGUUUUGAUCGAGUGCAAUGGGCUUUUUCUAUUUGUGAAAUCAAUGGCAUGAUCCUUGUAGGACUGUGGUUUGUUCAGUGGCUGCUCUUAAAAUACAAGUCUAUAAUUAGCAGAAGAUUUUUCUGUAUAGUUGGCACACUAUACCUGUAUCGGUGUAUUACAAUGUAUGUGACGACACUCCCAGUACCUGGCAUGCAUUUCAAGUGUUCUCCAAAGCUUUUUGGAGACUGGGAAUCUCAUCUGCGAAGGAUAAUGAAAUUGAUUGCUGGCGGAGGAUUGUCCAUCACAGGAUCCCACAACAUGUGCGGUGACUAUCUGUACAGCGGUCACACCGUCAUAUUAACUCUUACAUACUUAUUUAUCAAAGAGUAUUCCCCACGGCGACUCUGGUGGUAUCACUGGCUUUGCUGGGCGCUCAGCAUGGUUGGGAUGUUCUGCAUCCUCCUUGCUCAUGACCACUACACUGUGGACGUGGUGGUGGCUUACUACAUCACUACAAGACUUUUCUGGUGGUAUCACACAAUGGCCAACCAGCAAGUGCUAAAAGAAGCUUCCCAAACUAACCUCCUUGCAAGGGUCUGGUGGUACAAGCCCUUCCAGUACUUUGAAAAGAAUGUCCAAGGAAUUGUACCUCGCUCCUACCACUGGCCCUUCCCCUGGCCGGUGCUGCACCGGGGCAGGCAGGUGAAGUACAGCCGCUUGGUGAAUGACACAUAACAGCAUGUCGACAGACAAAAGCGGGGGGGAAAGGACCUGUCCCAAGUGCUAAGAACUCCAUAUGAGAAGAUGCCAUAAAAAAAAAAAAAUCAACUGCUCCCUAACCCUUUCUUUCAACGGUUCCCUUGACUUAACCUAUUCAGUUACCUGGUAAGCACUGUGAUCUUUUUUUCUUUCCAAAGGAUCUGCGUUGGACAACAAUAAAGAAAAUUUGACUUAUCAUGCACUGCUAUACAUUUCUUGUUAAUAGAUUUGGGAUUUACAUUUACCCAUCACCAUGUUCCUUUGUAUAUGAUGCGACGGCAUAAAUGAAAGCUUUUAUAUCAUAAGUUCUGGUCUUUCCAGUCAUGUCUGGAAAUAAAGCAUAUUAUUUUCUUGGGAAAACAUACUUUUCAUAUCUCUUGCCCCAAAGAUUGGGCUGUAAGCCAUUUUCUAACAAAUGACUAUGUGAAGGUUUCUAAAUACCUGCCUUGGGUAAAAAUCAAGAAAUCUUUCUACCUGUUGCACCACGCUAUGAAUAAGGUGAUAGACACAGGAAGGUUUGGUAAUCUUGAUUUUGUAGAAUCUGCAGUGACUGUGUCAAAAAGUGCAAAAAAAAAAAAAAAAGAGAAAAAAAAGUUGUAAAGUGGUUUUCUAAGUAUUUCCUAACUUUAUUUUUCAAAAUGUGUAUGAAAAUUAAAUUUAAAAAGAUUUUUACAUGUCAGAGGAUAGAGAGUUAAAAUUUAAAGAAAAUGCUUCUUGGGAGAGAGAGAUUUGUCUAUGUUUCUAGUGCCUUUCUUGUCUUGAUUGUAUGGUCAGUAGGCAGUCUUAAAUGUUUUUAUUUAAUAUAAAAUAUUCCAUGAAAGCAGAAUUAUAUAUACUGUAUAAUUACUAAUUUUUGCAUUUAUAGCUAAAUUAAACUGGAAAUUUGCUUAUAAUGUUGAAAAUGCCAUGUAUAGGGGAAAAAAACAAAUAAAAAGGGUCCGAUCUUGCUCACACAUUGUGGGCAGGUCACACUAAAAGGUAUCACUUUAUUGUCUACUUGGUAGCUGUAUUUUAAAAAGAAAAACAGCCAUGAAUUCCGGUUUUUUAAGAACUUUACAAAUGAUCACUGAGUGAACUACAAAUGGUUUCUCCAUCCCGUAUUGAAAUGUUGUUGAAAAACAACAAAGAUAUUCUAUUUCUUUAAAAUACUUGUGCAGAAACUGCAUGUAAUUAUAAGUUUCACUCCUACCAUACAUACUGUAUGUUUGGGGAAGAAUUCUAUCCUAAACUUGCCAAUGUGCAGAGCAAAAUAGUUUUUUUUAAAGAAUGAAGAAGAGAAAAUAUAUAUAUAUAAAUAUAUAUAUAUCCAUUCUGUAUUUUACGUGAAGCAGAGUUAUCUUCUGUAGGGUUUUUGUGUAUUCACAAGGUGAUAUUUGUAUUGUAAAACAACAAUGGUGAAGGAAAAUAAAGAGGCUUUUGAAAAAUGUAGUUUCCUUUAUCUUUUUAAUAUUAAGUUUAAAUUGAAAGCUGGGUUUAUUCUUCCAAACCUUGCCUUUAAUUUUAUGUGUUAUUGCACUGUAGGCCAUCAAAUUUGGACUGUAUGGAAACUGCAUUGGUUUUGAAUUGCUGUUCGCGUUGGGCAAAACAGUGCCUUAUCUGAAAUAAAUGCUAUGCAAUAGAUUCUGAUCGUGUGGGGGCCGGGAGCAGAUGGGAGAAGCUUUCCUGGGAGCCAUCACCAGGGCUUGAAAAAUCUACUGUGAAACUGCUGGGACGGAGCAUGUUGCAGGGUAAACAUCCAUGACUGUAGGAUCUACUGGUCCUGUCACUUAAAUGACAGAAAGGAAAAAAAAAGAAGUGAAAGUGCCAGUUCUUUUUUUGGAGGGGGGUUGGGUUUAUCUCCACUUCUUUGCACUGUUCCUCAGUCAUGGCCAAAAACUUCCUUGGAGAAUUUAUGGGGUGUUACUUCUGCUGCUUUGUCUCACUGUUGCGUGGGAUGCUAAACAAGACUAACCCAUUUCUUAUCAGUUCUCUCUCUAGGAGGGAGGGGACAUGUUUCUUGGCAAAACCCUUUGCAACAGUAUUUGCAGAGCUGCCUGCAAAUUCCAGGGAUCAGCUCUGCACACUUUACCUUCAGUUGAUGGUAUUAUCUUGGCAACUCUAUGGUUGAAAGUAGAUUUAAAAUAGAAAGCAAACCCCCCAAGAGAGAAUUCAUGCUCCCAGAAGUAAAUGAGCUAGUAGAUUUUUCAAGACCUGGCAUCACGCACAUCAAAACCAUUGACAUAAGUAAAUGUAUGGAUAUAUGCACAUGAUAUUAAAUGGAAUCUGCUGAA